UGUGCGCAAAAUGUGAAUCCACUUAAAACAAACCAAGACCGUUUCGCACUGUUUUAACAUCGAUGAAGGGAAGGCUGCGUAUCAGUUUUGCAUUGUUAAUAUGGACUUUAUCCUGAUUUCCUCACGGUUUGUAUCCAGAUGAUUGCCACAGCUGGCGGCAGAUGUGCUUAAAAUGGCAGCGCUUGAUUUUAAAACCAUGGAUGCUUUGGUUCGGAUCACCUCUAACAUGAAGAGCCUGGAGCAGGAGUUGCAUUGUUCAGUGUGUAAGGACAUCGUAAAACAGCCUGUGGUUUUGCCAUGUCAGCACAGUGUCUGCCUCAUGUGUGCCUCCGAGGUCUUAGUGGCCAACGGCUACCCGCCUCCAGAUCUCCCCCCAGAGCCAAACUCCCCGGCCUCGACUCCAAACACCCGCUCACCACGUCAGACUCGCAGGCCUGCCCCCAAAGCUGAGCAGCGGCCCCUUGACCGUGUGUUACGGGCAGGAUACGGGAUGUCUCCGGGGCGACGGCGUAAGGAGGUCCCACCCUUGGUGAUGAUGUUCCCUUGUAUCCCGUGUGGCCGAGAUGUGGAGCUGGGAGAGAAAGGUCUCACCGACUGUCUGCGCAAUCUCACGUUGGAGCGUAUUGUGGAGAGGUACCGACACACGGUGAGCCUGGGCAGUGUGGCUGUGAUGUGCCAGUUCUGUAAACCUCGUCACACUCUGGAGGCCACUAAGGGAUGUGCCGAUUGCAGGGCCAAUUUUUGUAACGAGUGCUUCAAGCUCUACCACCCAUGGGGGACGCCGCGCGCUCAGCACGAACACAUCCUGCCCACGCUGAACUUCAGGCCAAAGGUUUUGAUCUGUCCGGAGCACGACCAGGAGAAACUACAGUUCUAUUGUCGGUCCUGCCAGCGGCUGUUGUGUCCUCUCUGCAAAUUACGGCGUAUUCACACCGGACACAAAAUCCUGCCAGUGGCACAAGCAUAUCAAGCCCUGAAGGAGAAGAUUACAAAGGAAAUGAACUACAUUCUGUCUAACCAGGAGACAGUUUUGGCUCAGAUUAACCAACUGGAGAGUUCCAUCACUCAGACUGAGGUAAACAGCGUGUCGGCCAGAGAGCAGCUGGCUCAGAGCAUUAGGGAUCUGACAGCUGCGCUAGCCGAGCGCCACGCCUCCCUGAUGCAGGCGCUGGAGGCGGCGCGGCAGAAACGAGGCGAGGCCCUGGCAGCCCAAGUAGCAGAGAGGCGAGGCUUGAUGGAACAUGCUGGCCUCAUGGCAUUUACCCAAGAGCUGCUGAAAGAAACAGACCCGCCCUGCUUUGUGCAGGCGGCUCGCCAGAUCCACAACAGGUUGAAUAAAGCGAUUGAUAAUCUCCAGCAUUUCUCUCUGGCUGCUGAUCCGUCCUUCAGACACUUCCAGCUGGACGUCUCCAAAGAGUUGAAAUUUCUCACAGAGCUGAACUUCAUCCAGGCUCCCUUUGCCCCGGUCAUCGACACCCAGCGUACCCUGGCCUACGACCAGCUCUUCCUGUGCUGGCGCCUGUCCCAGGACUCCGCACCCGCCUGGCACUUCUCCGUCGAGUAUCGCCGUCGGGGCGUGGUACCAGGAGGAGCGUCCCGAGGUGGCAGCAGAGGAGGUUUGUCUGCUGCCCGCUGGGGCUGGCAGCGAUUGGAUGAGGUGAGCGGGUCCAGCACUGUGAUUGACAGAUUGGAGAUGGACAGUGUGUACGUCCUGCGGGUGAGAGGCUGCAACAAGGCGGGUUAUGGAGAGUAUAGCGAGGAGGUGUACCUACACACCCCACCCGCACCAGUGUUGAACUUCUACCUGGACUCUCGCUGGGGUCUCCACGCCGACCGCCUGGUGGUCAGUAAGGAGCAGCGGUGCGCCCGCAGCGUCCCUGGUCUCUCUCUACUGCAGGCCGCUGACCACGCCCUCACCUCCUGUCACCUGACCUCUGACCUCCUGGUCGGGGACGUGGCUAUUACGCAGGGGCGACACUACUGGGCGUGUUCUGUGGAGCCCGGGUCUUACUUGGUGAAGGUGGGCGUUGGAUUGGAAUCUAAACUUCAGGAGUGGUUUCACCUUCCGCAAGACAUGGCCAGUCCCCGCUAUGAUCCAGACAGCGGUCACGAUAGCGGGGCGGAGGAUGCGCUCGAUUCCGCUCCACCCUUUUGUUUUCUCACAAUGGGAAUGGGUAAAAUCUACCUGCCCCAGCACAGCUACCAACACGGCAGCCACACCAACGACAUCCGAGACCCUGUGGCCAACGGCCCCUCGUCACCCACUGGCCUCACAUACCCACUGCCACCCCGGCUUGGUGUGUGCCUUGACUUUGAGAAGGCUCGCGUCACCUUCUACGACGCCCACUCUCUGCGGCCGCUCUGGGAGGGGCACAUCGACUGUUCCGGGCCCGUUUGUCCGGCUUUCUGUUUUAUCGGUGGAGGUGCGCUGCAGCUGCAGGAGCUGGUGGCCAAUUGUAACGCCGAUCAGACUCCAGUGAGAAGAGUAACCAUCCAAGCUCGGGUUUCAAAUUUGAAUAACAAAUGAGGCGUGACCCGCCGUUACGUGAAAAUUUGGAAUGUAUUCCGUAAUCGUGAAGUAUUUACUCGGCUACAGCAGAAGGUUAAACACCUCAGUGGUUUUAUUUUGUAUUUAAGUUGAUUUAUAUAAGAAGAUGUUUCUAUAGCAACAAAUAUGCAAUGUAAUUAAGUUUCUUACAUUUUUGUUACAUGCAGUUUUGCAAGAAUUAUUGCUUAAAUAGAGUGUGGUAAAUCCGACACAUACGAUGUACGUAUAUAUUUGAAGCUUGCACCUGUAGGCUGUGUGGCAUAUGUUUAUAAAGCCAGCGUAGAAACGGCGCCCCGCAAUGUCGUC